AUGGCCAAUGUGCUUCGUGAGAACCGGAGGCUCAAGGAGACCGUUGAGUUGAAGGAUCAGAAGAUCAGAAAGCUUUUGGAUGACAUAGAAAGGAUUCGCAAGGACCCCAACGUUAUGCACCCAAGCAUACUGCGAUUGCGCAAGCUGGGCCUCAACACGCCUGCGCUGGCAGACUUGGGUGACCGAUGGGCAGGGUAUGUCUUGGGACGGGCAUCCAUGGCCAUGGAGGUCGGGAGCUUUUCCUUUCGAAACGUCUUUGCCGCACACGCGAGCAACGGUGUGCUGACCGAGGAGUCCUUUAAAACAGUAUUGAGACAGUUUGAGCCGUCGAUCAAGAGUGAUCAGCUGACGCGACUCUGGUACUUUGCCGAUGAAGACGGCUCCGGCAGGAUUGACCUUUUCGAAUUUAUGCGCAUGGCAGGUUGCAAUUCCAACGGAGAGAUGACAGAUGAAUACUACGAGGUGGUAGCCAUGCACCUCUACCGCAAGUUCCAUGCCAAGGGCGGCGUCCGACGGGUUUAUGCCACUGCCGACAAGAAUUGGGAUCAGCACUUAAAUCUGGCAGAAUUCAGCAAGUUCAUCAAGGUUCUGUUGAAGGAUGUCCAGCUCACCAGGCGAGAAAUAGCUCAGGUCUUCCAGAGGAUGAACGUGUCCGGGUCAGGGAUGCUGAGCGUGCUCGAGCUCGGCUGGCAGAGCUUGACGGCCGGCGCCAAAUGCCACGUCUCCGAAGCCUGGGUGAAAGACACCUUUCACCAGCUGGCGACGUCAAUCCAGGAUGCGGGCUUGAACAUCAAGUCGCUGUUCUCCACUGGGAUCGUCGUAGAGAAGGAGUUCCGCGAGAUCGCACUUCGAUUCUUGACCCAGCUUCGACCUUCCCAACUGGACCGGCUUUGGAAGUAUCUGCAGACCGCGUGUGCAGAUGAUGCCAUGCAAGUGAGGCACGCUGGUGGUGACAAAGAUCGCUUGCCAUCCGACAGUGUCCUCUCAGUUAUUUUCGGUCCUACGCUCACAAGCAGUCCGAAUGAGAUUUCAUCUGGUGCACCUCAAGGUUCAGGAAGUUCAGGUUCUUAUUUCGGCCCCGCUGGAGGUGUGGGUCGUGAGGUGUUGGAACAGCUGGUGCAACAUCUGGUGCGUCGAGCCGGUGAUGCUUCGCCAGACGUUUGCUUUGACUCGUUGAACCCGUUCAUCACCUCAGAGCAUUUCCACGAUCUGCUCUCAACCAGGCUGGGGAUCCACUACGAUCCCGUGAAAGCCAAGCAGGUUUUCAAGCUGAUCGAUUCCGAUCGUGACAGCAAGAUUACGCGGUUGGAGUUCCGGCUCAUGUUCAAGGCUGUCACUCCAGAUGCCCAAGCUUUGAACACGCGGCCCGGGCCGCUUGGCAAGAGCGACCUGGUUCUGAGACAGAAGGGUGAAGAGAAGGGUUUUGAGUGGAAGGACCAGAAGAACUAUGAGGAGGUUGCCGAUGCUGUCGUGUCUUAUGUGCAGCUGCAGCUGACAGCUCUGUGCGGCCUGGUCCCACUUCCGCUUCCCGCAGAAGCCAAGGAGGCCAACUCGGUGGUCUAUGCCAGCAGCCAUCUCAAGGAGCACACUGGUCCACUGCUGCUCCUGGUCUGUGGCUCUGCGCCGGGCGGAGCGGCAGGGGUCUGGGGUCGCAGCCUCUGCAUCAACUCGAGUCUCCAUGAAGGAGCAAUGUUUGACUACAUCUUCCGAGCAGAAGAACUGGGCUGGGCAGUGCUGGUUGCGAAUCCAAAUGUCAACGAUUGCAACGGCAUCCCCCUCAGUGGCUCCGAGACUCCGCACCGGCAUCUGCAGACCCUUUGGACUUCUUACAUCUCCCCCGCGCAGGCAUCAUGCGUACUAGUCGUGGCGCACUCAUAUGGAGCCCCCAACAUGGUGCACCUUCUUAAGGUCGAGCCAGAAGCUCGCGAACGUGUCUCUGCACUUGUCUUCACUGAUGGGACUGCAUUUCCACCAGGUACCCUCCUCAUGGAGGGGGUCCCGAGUGAAGAUUCCAAGGAUCCCAAGGUGCAUGCCUUGAGAAAGGAGAUGCUUCGUUUUCAGGAAGCGGCACCAGAAGCAUUCAAGCCGGCAACGUCGGCGGUCCAGAGUUGCUUGCGAGCUGCGGCCCGGAACUUCAUGUCCUCAGAGAUGCCACCAGGAACGCCUCUUGCAGCUGACUGUGAAGGGGUCCCAGCGGUGAGCGCUGGACACACAAGCCACCCUUCUACGACCCAUGCGGCCACCGAGCCUGUCUUUGAGUUUCUGAAGUUAGGAGCACAGGCAACGGCCAAGGUCUCGGCUGCAAACGAUGAGCUUCGUGCCGUGCUGAGCGGGCAGUGA